ACGCAGCGUCUCUGAAUUCAAACAGCUCGGCGGUUACGAGAAUCGUGAAGUAGUAAGACACGCGUGAAAUAACAUCUUAAAAAUGUCAAAGACACUGAAAGGCAUAACGCUUAAAGGCAGUGCAGAACUUGUUGCCGAGUUUUUCUCGUUUGGUAUCAACAGUAUCUUAUACCAGCGAGGGAUUUACCCAGCAGAGACCUUCACCAGAGUCACACAGUAUGACAUGAGCCUUCAGCUGACCACUGAUACCAAACUGAAGAAUUACCUCACAAAUGUCAUCGCACAACUCAAAGAAUGGCUGAUCGACUGCACCGUACAGAAGCUGGUGGUGGUCAUCACGUGCCUGGAGACCAAUGAGGUGCUGGAGAGAUGGCAGUUCGACAUAGAGUGCGACAAGGCGGCAAAGGAGAGCAGUGCCCCGAGAGAGAAGCCCAUAAAAGCCAUUCAAGAGGAAAUCCGAUCUGUUAUCAGACAGAUCACAGCCACUGUCACCUUUCUGCCUUUGUUAGAAACUGCCUGUGCCUUCGAUCUUCUGAUCUAUACGGAUAAAGACUUGGAGGUGCCUGAGCAGUGGGAGGAGUCUGGUCCUCAGCUAAUCGACCAAUCAGAAGAGGUCCGCUUAAGGUCCUUCACUACUUCCAUUCAUAAAGUGAACAGUAUGGUGGCCUACAAGAGGACAAACUCCGUGUGAUUGCUUUAUUUGUUCUGUUACUACUCUUUCAGUCUUCUCUCUGUGUGUGUGUGUAUAUAUAUCUGUGUAAAACUCAUUUCUUAUUUGUUGACCUUUUUAAAAAAUUUAUUUCCCAAGACAACAAAAUAAAUAAAUGUCUUGUUUCCAA